ACAAGAACUAAGACCAUCGAAGUCCUUCGCACGCUUUUUGCUAGAUAUGGACUACCCGAACAAGUGGUCAGUGACAAUGGACCGCAUCAGACGAGUUUGCUUAGUUUCAUGAAGUCUAAUGGUGUGAAGCAUAUCCGUACAGCACCCCGUCAUCAAACGGAAAAGCAGAACGAUUUGUUCAGACCAGCCUUCAUAGAAAGAGUGCACGUUUGUCACAGUUUCUGCUCACUUAUCCACACGCCACGACUAACUUCCUACAACGGAAAGUCGAUUCGACUUACUCAAACCGGACCUACAAAGCAAAGAACAAGCUUGACAAAAAGAGAGUGCACUCCAAGACCAGAACUGGACAACCAGUUAUGAUUCGAAAUUUCCUAUCUAAACUGAAAUGGAUGCCAGGAAUGAAAUUGAAUUAGACGACGGUCGAGUAGACACAUCCAACCUAGAUUCCCAUCUACCGAGCCAAACGAGCCAAGACGCAGAAAUGAUUUCAGAAUUCGAGUAUCCCUCCUCACCCCAAAUCAAUCAAAAGGCUAGUCUACCUAUCCCUCUUCGCAAUCAGAUGCCACCAGAACGCUUAAUGGAUGUACACAUUUAAACGAGAAUGUCGCGUUUAUAAACAGUACGCGUUUGUUGCAAGCAAUCGCGAUCAUGCAGCCUCCGCUGCGGUAUAAAAGGAAAGUAGCAGGCCGGAAGUAAAAUCAUUGCGAACAAAAUGGCGCCUAGUUUGAAAAUGAUAAGAACUCAGCUCUUGUACACGCACAUAAACCAACAAAACAUGCUCAUUCCAGGCCACGUGCAAUAUCCACAUGGCCAUAAGUUAUAAUAACAAUGGCUUCCAAAGAAGAGAUCGAGGUAACAGUUAAAUAUAAAGACACUCCACCACAAGUGGUCGUUAGUAAAAUAAAUAAAGUAGUUAAAGAGCUCCGGGAGGCAGGACUCAGGCAGACGGUGAAGCUUAGGUGGGAGGCUGUCCCAGACGCCGUCCCAGAUCAGCCAAUGCCACCUAUUACUCUCUCUCCAAGUCAUCCACGGGGUUACAGAGACUCUGCCCUCGUCCCUGUCUUACAGGGACUGCAGGACUGCUGUCCACACUGCCUCUGUGGGCCGUGUGUGAUUGCUCUUCCUCCAGACUUCCUAACCGGUGCCUGUGGACCUCAUCCAGCAAAUGAUGAAAAGAGGCACCGGUUGUAUCGGAAGUUUUGGAGGUUGCUCCAGGACGUGGGUCUGUGGGGAGAUGAGGAGUACCUGAGGAGGAAGGAGAGGCGGACUGUCAGGCAUGACAAAAGGGACAUAAUGCCCAAAUGUGUGAUUGUAGAAAUAAGAAGGCGAUACCCUAGUGUCGAUGGGACCUACAGGGACUAUUUGUCGACAUUCGAUGCAGAGAAUAUGGAACUUUAGAAUGUUGUGUUUUGUAAUUAAUUAUAAUACCUAUUCUCUGUCGUCGCUAUCUGAAUCUGACUCCAUAUCAUCA